GAUACCUAUUCAUAUAUAGCAGUAAUGGCGACUGUCCGGAGAAGGCGCGCUAAGGAGGAUACGGUUGUCUAGUUAUCGCACCUACCUAAGGUAACUAACCUAAUUCCCACGCACCUUCUGUUAUAUAUAAAUCCUUUUUUGCCGAUCCAAUAUUUAAACAAGAGGGUUUCUCGGUCACUGCUGUUGGUGUCGACCUUAAAGAAACAAACCUCGAAGAGGUAAUUUGCAGCUUCAUUCUUGUUCGCCCGUCCCUUCUCCAAUGCAUUAGUCAACUCUUCUACGGGAAUUUCUACCCUUCUCUUUUUGAGCUUUGAGGAGGAACAAUGCCGUCCAGCUCGGGCGGUACUCGCGCCCCUCACCUGAGAUGCAUAAAGUGCAUGGCCACAUUUGCCGAUCAGCGUGGCCUAUACCUUCAUCAGCAGCAACAGGGACACCUAGCUUGUGGUUUUUGCAAACAGUCUUUCCAUGAUAUAAAGGCCCUGAUUAAACAUCGAGCAGAAGACCAUAAAGCAGAACAAGACCUUCCCUGUCCCGGUUGCGGUAUGAAGUUUGCCUCUGCAGGAACAUGGAUGCGCCAUGUCGAAAAGGGCAACUGCCAUGGUAUCUUUCCUUCAGAUAUAUCUGGAAAUAUUGUCCAAGCCGUAGAGUCUAUUACGAAGACUUUAGGCAAAUCCAGAUUCGAGGAUGUUGACUACACCAUCAAUCCGGGAAAUCCGGGCAGAUCGUAUACUGAGAUCGGUGACGUCUGGGGAGACGAAUGGAACAAGGAGCAGAGCCUUGAUGCGCGAGACCACCCCGAGCGAUUUCCGAGAACCGCAAAGCAGGAGUUCUACCAAGGCGGCUCAAAGCAGCCUGACCUGCUGACGGGAGAUGAUGGGGCCAGUCUUGAACAGCGCCCAUUCAAUGCUUGGGCUCAGAAGAAAAAUCUGUUCCCGGAGAAGGCAGCACAUCGAGCUGUACCACCUCCGCCGUCUCUCCUUGAGAAUAUGACAAGACCGUCCCCUUCGACCCAGCCUGCUGGAGAGCGCAUCCUCGACCCGGACAACCCGGGCUUCAACGCGGGAUUGUUUUGGAAUCCCUUCCUGAAGACUUUCAAAUGUCCCCACAAGGAAUGCAGUUCGAAGCACUCUACUGCACAAAGCUUGGUCUCCCAUCUAAGAUCACCGGCACACACCGGUACUCCUUUCCAGUGCCCGGGAUGCACAAAUGUCUUCACAUCCGGCAGUUCAUGGGUUCAGCAUGCAGAUAACGUAAACGAAGAGAAGUGCCGCAUUCGAAACACGGCGUUUUAUAGGCAAGUGCUAAACACGGCUACCAAAGGUGCCUUGAAAAUCGACACCCUCAUCAAGCUUGCGAACGAUACGGCGAAGGUGACGUUUGAUGAUGACUGGGCCGCAUCCAAGCAACGUGGUCCUGGUCCUGUGCCAGGCUCCGAGGAAUGGGUAAAGGAGAAGGAAGCUGAGGCCUCCAAGUCUCAGUCGGAUUCAGAAAAGUCUCAGCCAGGCCCGGAGAAGUCUCAAUCAGACUUAGGGAAGUCCGAAUCAGACGCAGGAAAGAAAAUUACCCACGAGGAGUACAUAUGGUAG